AUGGCCUAUCGAACAGAAAUGGGUCUCUAUUUCUCUUACUACAAGACUCUAAUCACAGCACCGUCUUUUUUAACUGGUCUUGCUCAAAUCACAUCGGACAAUGUGACUGAAUAUGGUCAUACGAUCAAUACCCUCAAGCGUUUCAAUCUUUAUCCAGAGGUGACUCUCGGCUUUCUCUAUCGUCAAUUUCGGGCUUUCGCUGGUGUAAUGCGAUGGCAAGUAGAGACAUGUUGGCAGAUCGGUCGUGGAGAGGGAUGGAGUCCUGUUCAAAGUUGUGCCGGAAUCGGCAACUCUCACUACUUUUACAUUAUUGGCGUCUUCGCUAUUGCUGGCACAGUGGCUGGAUCCUUGUUUUUAUUAGGCACUUUGCUAAGUGAUUCGAUGAUGGGCGGUUUAUUGUCUGUGAUUUUCUUUGCUUUCAAUCACGGAGAGUCGACAAGAGUUCAAUGGACUCCGCCAUUAAGAGAAUCCUUUUCAUAUCCGAUUAUUCUCUUCCUAAUGGUUCUUGUCACUUAUAUUCUCAAAACAAGAAAAUCGGGCAGAAAAUGGAUGAUCGGAAUGGUUUGUUGUGCUGUUCCAGCUCUGCUUUCAUGGCAAUUCGCACAGUUUUCCUUCUUUACUCAAAUUUGUGCCCUUUUCGCGACUCAUGUAUUAGAUUAUGCGCCAAUUGAAACUAUGAAAACAUUAGCAUUCGGGCAUUUGAUUUCUUUCGGCAUCUCAUUCAUCUUUCUAUUUGGGAAUGAAAUGCUACUCACAUCUUUGUAUUUCUCAUCAAUUCUCACGUUUUUGAUUCUUUUGCUACUCGACGAUGUGUUGCAACGAGUUUCUUUUCGGCCAAUCUAUAUACUCCUUGAAGUUCUUAUUUUCAUUGCUGGAACAUUGCUAAUUAAACAAGCAAUCUCUACUUUAUUAAAUGUGGAAGAUGAUGCACACAUUUUUGAUAUUCUUAAGAGCAAGUUCACGGAUUUUGCUUCUUUCCACACACGACUUUACACCUGUGCCGCCGAGUUUGACUUUUUGCAAAAGGAGGCUCUCUGGAAAUUGUCCUACUCUCUUUUAAUUCCCGUUGGACACUUGAUACCAUUCGAUCAACUCUGCAAAAUCCCAUUCACCGAGCCAAUUCUAUGGAGAAAUCUGGAAAUGCGAACGGGAAAAACGCCUGAGCUUUUGUACAACUCGGUGCAACUUCUUUCGGCUGGUUGUAUGGCGCUUCUCAUCAUGCGCCUCAAACUUUUCUUUACUCCACAUCUCGCUGCUUGUGCCGCAAUGAUACUUAAUGAAAAAAUAAUUUCCUCGAUAAUUCAUCGUCCCUAUGGGGGAAAUGUGCGUCUUGCUGUUUUUGGAGCUGUGGUGGCAGCAGCCGCGUAUCAAGGAAUCCCGGCGAUUCGACAGCAACUAUCGAUUAUUGGAGAAUAUAUGAAUCCAGAACAAGAGCUACUUUUCAAUUGGAUAAACGAGCAGACACCGAAAAAUGCGGUCUUUGGAGGCACAAUGCCAGUGAUGGCAAAUGUAAAGCUUUCAACACUUCGCCCGAUCACAAAUCAUCCACAUUAUGAAGAUGUUGGAAUUAGAGAAAGAACUUUGAAAGUUUACUCAAUGUUUUCGAAAAAGCCACUACGAGAAGUUUACAAGACGCUGAAAGCGAUGAAAAUCGACUACUUUGUAUUUCAGAUUAUGAACUGUGCUCCGCAUCAUGCAAGAGCUGAGUGCAGCUAUCGAUCGAUGUGGGAUCUUCACGAUCCAUCGAAUGCGAGAAGGGAAAGUCUUUGUGAUGUUUGGGAAAGACUUCUCAAUGGACAUCCCGAGGACAUUUCCCCCUUCAAAAUGGUUUACAAUCAAAAUGGCUACACCGUCUUUCAGAUU